UUAAUUCGGCCAAUGGUGUUAGAGCAAAGUUAGAAAGGAGGGCGUGCCGGGUUUCGAGGGGUGGGCGGAGUCAGGGACACGUUUAUAUUUAGAUGCCUGCGUCAAUACCUGGGCCGUAUCAAGGCUGCUGACAGGAGCAAUUUAAUUUUUUUUUCCACGCCAAACGAAGACCUCCCAGGCAGGACUGGUGGGCUGCCUGUCCUCUUCGUGACGUUUUCCCGACUGCUUUAUACAUUUCAAGACAUCAAGUGUGACCGGAGCGAAAACGGACUUAAACGAAUAAGACGAAAAACGACCUUCUCUAAAUUCCGCAAUCAUGAUGUCCAUGAACAGCAAGCAAGCUUUCAGCAUGCAUCCGAUUCUCCACGAGCCCAAAUACACACCUCUGCACUCCAGCUCGGAGGCGAUCCGACGGGCAUGUCUGCCCACACCAUCGCUGCAGGGAAACAUCUUCGCCGGUUUUGAUGAAACGCUGCUGCAGAGAGCCGAGGCUCUGGCCGCGGUGGACAUUGUGACCCAGAAGAGCCACCCGUUCAAGCCAGACGCCACGUACCACACCAUGACCACGAUGACAAGCAUGACAGGCACCCCCACGUCCUCCCCGGCGCACCUGCACCACCCGUCCGUGCUCACGUCUCAUCAUCACGCACACCACCCGCACCACCACCAGCCGGCUCAAGGUCUCGAGGGCGACCUGCUCGAGCACCUCUCCCCCGCCAUCUCGCUCGGUGGCAUGCCGACCGCCGCGGACGUAGCCUCGGGCGCGUCGCACGCACACUCGCACAUGGCCGCGGCCAUCAACCACGCGCAGCACCAUCACCACCCGCACUCGCAGGCCGUAAACGUGCACCACCCGCACCACGCCCUGGCCGCGCACGCGUCCCUCGCCAGCGCCAGUGUAGUGUCUGGGGACGCCGAGCCAGACCCCCGCGAGCUCGAGGCGUUCGCCGAGCGCUUUAAGCAGCGUCGCAUUAAGCUCGGCGUCACCCAGGCAGAUGUGGGCGCCGCGCUUGCUAACCUCAAGAUACCCGGAGUUGGGUGCCUGAGUCAGAGCACGAUCUGUCGCUUCGAGUCGCUCACGCUCUCCCACAACAACAUGGUGGCCCUGAAACCCAUCCUCGAAGCGUGGCUCGAGGAGGCCGAGAGGGCGCAGCGCGAGAAGAUGGCCAAGCCCGAGAUCUUCAGUGGCGGCGACAAAAAGCGCAAGCGCACAUCCAUCGCGGCGCCGGAGAAACGUUCGCUCGAGGCCUACUUCGCAGUGCAGCCGCGUCCCUCUUCCGAAAAGAUCGCCGCCAUCGCCGAGAAGCUCGACCUGAAAAAGAACGUGGUGCGCGUGUGGUUCUGCAACCAGCGGCAAAAACAGAAACGCAUGAAGUUCUCAGCGACGCACUGAACAAAACGCGCUCAUUUUAAUGGACAUCGAGGAAGACUCAGACAUCCCCAAUCUAAAAACAAAACAAAACAAACAAAAACAAAACAAAAACAAAAACAAAACCACGGGUCAGAUAGAGCUCUCAAGAGGGCGGACCGGGUCCUGUCGGGAUGUGAGCAUGCAGGAGCGCAAAUCCACUCAUGGCGACACGAAGAGAAGAAAAACACUCUGAAACUGGACGAAAGGAAAGAAACGAAUCACUUAUUGUACAAAAAAAUGGAAAUAGAAUAAUAACAUAUUCUCUUAAAUAACUCUUUUAUAUCGAUUCAUGUACAUAUCUGUGAAUACAUCACACCUCUGUGAAGAUCACUUCGUCCUUUUAGGUUAUUUUCUUUUUCUUUUCUUUUUUUUUCGAGAAAAAAAAGAAGAAAGGGUUUAAAAAGUUUGCCAUUAAAAACUUUUAAUGUCAUUCAGUGUGUUUCGGAGGAAGGGACUCUAUCUCAGUUACAAGACGGAAUUCCUGUCAUCCGUUGCAUGGUUUACUUUAGGGCGCUUUUAUUAUUUGAAACUCCCCGGUCUGAACGCAUCGCAAUAAGAGAGAAAAACGCACAGGCGAACACACACACACACACACACAUACACACUACCAAACUCACAUAAGGCCCCAGUCUGUGUCUACCUCAUGAUCCUGACACAUCUUUAGCCAUUCUGGAAAUAUGGUAUAAUAAAAAUAAAUUUUAAAAAGCGGCUUUCAAAUUUGGCAUCUUGUUUUAAAGGAGCACAGAAUGCUAAAAACAGAUUGUGGUAUGUCUCAGCUAAUUUAACUGCAACGAUGCUUUGACAAUCAAGUGGUUAGAAUAAUGAAGGGCCCUCUAUGUCUUCAUCUAAAAUCUGAUAUAUGGACAUAUGUUCUCAUAUUAUUAUUAUUAUUAUUAUUAUUAUUAUUUUUAUUGGGCCUGUGGAUAGAAACAUGGAGUCACUGCAUUCUGAAAAGUUCAUUGCACUUUGUAGAUAUUGUUGAGAUACCAAUUUUUGACUUAUUUAUAUUUCAAAAAAAAUGAUUUUUAUUGUUUUUUUUUCCUUUUUUUCGUAUUUACUUAUUUAUUUGACAUUAAUUUAUUUUGAAGUUGGCAUAUUUUUCAUUUGUGAAAGUGUGUUUAAAUUUGUGUCUGUGUAAGCGACAGAAAAAAAGUCAAAUAAA